AUGGAGGGCAAACAGAAGAUAGCGGUUAUUAUCAGUAAUGUUCAAUAUGAACAUAAUCGUCAACGUUAUCGAAAGGGAGGCAAGAAAGAUGCAGAAGAUAUAAGAACAGCCCUAGAGAAGCUAAACUUUAAUGUGAAGCUACACCAAGAUCUUUCAUUCACGAAUUUAUAUGACGAACUACGAAAGCUUUCCUUGGAGAAUCACGAGAACACUGGCUGUCUCGUAGUAGUGGCAAUGACUCAUGGACAUGCAGAUAAACUAGAAGCAUAUGACGAUUCGUACUUAACAAAACAGCUUUGGAAGUUCUUUGUGGAUGACUGCGCUACACUAAACGGUAAACCAAAAUUGUUUUUCAUACAAGCAUGCAGAGGGAACAACCAUGAUUCGGGAGUGUCUGUUCAGAACAUGGAAAAAAUAAGUGGAUCAGAACCUGUGAAAAUCACCAAACCAUUAGAAGCAAUAGCAGCGCAGGAUGCCAAAGCAGUGGAAGAGCCGUCAUCUAAAAUGACUAAGAUCGACUUGAUUGGAAAAUCAUUGGAAAAGCAACCAUCGACAAAACCACCAACAAUCGAAGAUACGAAAAUACAUAAAAUUGGAAGCGAAACAGAAGUGGAAACAGGAGAUAUGGUAGUCUCUCAAACUGAUUCCGUACCAAUAAUACGCAACGAAGCCACUGGAUACGAAAACGACUUGGGGCUAUUGAAAAUAGCAAUACCUGCAUCUUCUGACAUGUUGGUGAUGUACUCGAGCACUGAUGGAUUUCCUUCUUGGCGAAAUCAUGAAUAUGGUAGCUGUUUCAUUCAAACACUUUGUGCUGAGUUGCAGGCGAACGGAGAUAAGAAGGAGUUGCUUCAAAUGCUGACAAAUGUAUCGCGCAUGGUGGCCUAUCACUUUAACAAUUGGAGUAUUUAA